CAUAACCAAACACAACUGACAAUUGAGCGUGCUCGUGAGUUUGCAGAUUUGAGAGUGUUGUCACUCCUUUAAAGGGAUGCUAUUAUCUUCUCUAUAUUUCAAUUUGUAGUUCAGUGUUUUAAUUUCCAAUUAAAGAAAAUCCCCCUAUUAUUAUUUAAGCAAAUUUUUAUUCAAGAUGGAUCGUCUUUUAAGGCUAGGAGGUGGAAUGCCAGGUUUAAAUCAAGGGCCACCACCUUCUGAUGCUCCGGUUGUUGAUACUGCCGAACAGGUGUAUAUUUCUUCAUUAGCAUUAUUGAAAAUGUUAAAACAUGGACGAGCUGGAGUACCAAUGGAGGUUAUGGGUUUGAUGCUCGGGGAAUUUGUUGACGAUUACACUGUUCGGGUCAUUGACGUUUUUGCCAUGCCACAAACUGGAACUGGCGUCAGUGUAGAAGCAGUUGAUCCAGUAUUUCAAGCGAAAAUGUUGGAUAUGUUGAAACAAACGGGACGACCGGAAAUGGUUGUUGGAUGGUAUCAUUCUCAUCCUGGUUUUGGAUGUUGGUUAUCGGGUGUCGAUAUUAAUACACAACAAUCAUUUGAAGCACUCAGUGAACGUGCAGUUGCUGUUGUAAUCGAUCCAAUUCAAUCAGUUAAAGGAAAAGUCGUUAUUGACGCAUUUAGAUUAAUUAAUCCUAAUAUGAUGGUCUUAGGACAAGAACCUCGACAAACGACAUCGAAUUUAGGUCAUUUGCAAAAACCAUCAGUUCAAGCUCUUAUUCAUGGUUUAAAUCGUCAUUAUUACAGCAUUAGUAUUAAUUAUCGAAAAAAUGAAUUGGAACAAAAAAUGCUGUUGAAUCUUCAUAAAAAAACAUGGAUGGAUGGUCUUACACUUGCUGAAUAUACAGAGCACAGUAAAUUAAAUGAAAAUACUGUUUCCGAAAUGUUGGAGCUUGCGAAAAAUUACAAUAAGGCACUUGAAGACGAGGAGAAAAUGACACCGGAACAAUUAGCAAUAAAAAAUGUAGGCAAACAAGAUCCAAAGCGACAUUUGGAGGAGAAAGUUGAUACACUUAUGUCAACAAAUAUUGUCCAGUGUUUAGGAGCAAUGCUUGACACUGUCGUUUUCAAGUAAUUUGUUUCUUUUUUUCAUAAUUUACAUAAUACGAUUUUUAAAAAAAAAAUAUACGACUUUCUAACAUAAA